CAUUUACUUUCAUACCAUCCGAAGAAGAAAUCCCUCGUUAGCACCCGGAGUGGUGGAGUGUUUUACACUGUUGUUUACUUUAUGUGAUCAUUUAAAACAGCUAUCAUGGAGAUCGGAACAGAAAUUAGCAAGAAAAUAAGAGCUGCGAUAAAGGCCAAGCUACAAGAACUUGGUGCAUAUAUUGAUGAGGAGCUACCAGAUUACAUCAUGGUGAUGGUAGCAAACAAGAAAACUUCUCAGCAAAUGGCUGAUGAUCUCGCCCUGUUCCUUGGAAACAACACUAUCAAGUUCACGGCCUGGCUGCAUGGUGUGCUUGAGAAGUUACGGUCCGUUGCUGUCGAGCCUGAAUCUCUCAAGCAUCCGUCCGACUAUACUGUAACCAUCAAGGCAGCUGGCGCUGACGGCAGAGCAGAAAAUUCAAAGGCGUUGACGGUUACCAGCACACGCACUGACAGAACAGAAGCCUGUGUGUCCAGCUCCGCUUAUGAAACAAGACAAGCUCCUGGAGAGAAGGGUCCGUCUCGACUCACCACUGCUGUCAAACCACUGGUGGAGCCGCUCCCUUCUGAUGUCAUUGACAUCAAGCCUGAGAUGGACGACGACCUCAUUGAUGAUUCCAGGUCGUCCGGACGAGCUGCUGCACACCAGGAGAGUAGGAGCAGCAGAUCAUCCAGAAGUGGGUCAAAGGUGGAAGUGUCACGUAAGCGUAAGGCUCCAGUUGCAAGUUCAGUGGUGCGAGUCAACCGUGAAGAGGAGGAUGACAGCGACGACGUGGAGGAGGAUGAAGGCCACAGAGGAAGAGGAGUGUCCAGUCGCGUGUCCUUGCCUUCCAAACCAGAGCGCAAGCCCUCACUUCCACCAGCAAUGCAGGCCAACAGGAACCUGAUUCUCAAGGCCAUUUCUGAAGCACAGGAUUCUAUCACCAAGACCACAGCGUACCCAGCGAUACCUCAGAGACGGACCGCCCCAGUGGCGCCUCGCGCUCGCCUGGCCAGCAGCAGAGACGUCACUGCAGCGCUGCAGUUGGUCCAGGAGCACCUGCAUACUCUGGCCCCUCAAGCACAAACCUACACUCCCUCAGAGAUCCCCACCUCCAGAACAGUCGCACCUGCCCGAUCGGUCAGUUCGCGCCUUCAGGUGCCCGCUGUUGAGCAGAACAGUGAGAAAGAGCCCAGUGAAGAGAAUGAAGAAGUAACUGAAAUCGCCGAGGCGAGGACCUUCGACACUCGGUCCAUCAUAGUGAGUCAGCCACAGCAGAGUGAGUCUCAGAGCCGCAACCUGUCGCAACCAAAGCAGAAAGAAGAAGUCCAGUCUGCGUUACCUCGCACUGUCCAGCCCAGCAACGUUAAGGAGCAGGAAAGUUCCGCCAGCCCCAAGUUCAUCGUGACACUAGACGGCAUCCCGAGUCCGCUGGGCGACAUCACAGACUUCGACAUGGAAGAUGAGUCCCACCCAUCCAGGCUCACAGAUGCUUCAGUCCAAAGUGGCAAGAUGCUUGAAAGUGGAGACAGAAUAUCUCAAGCUCCACCAGAUAUGAUGGAGGAUGAAAUGAUGGAGGAUGAAAUGAUGAUGAUGAUGAUGGAAGAGGAAGAGGAUGAGGAGGAGAGCAUCCCGUAUAAGAAGCAGAAAGGCCCGGAGCGCUGCAAGUUCUGGCCCGUGUGCAAGACCGGAGACGAGUGUCCGUACCACCAUCCCACCACCCCGUGCAAAACCUUCCCCAACUGCCAGUUUGGGGAUAAAUGUCUGUUUGUUCACCCCAACUGCAAGUUUGACGCCCGCUGCACCAAACCUGACUGUCCCUUCACUCACGCCAGCGUCAGGAAGCCAAAACAAGCUGCUCCAGUUCAGAGACCAGCGCCACCAACGGUUCAAACCCCCAACGCUUGCCGCUUCUUCCCAGAGUGCAAGAAGAUGGACUGUCCCUUCUAUCACCCAAAGCCUUGUCGCUAUGCGGGCGCCUGUAAACGUCCCGAUUGUACCUUCUUCCACCCGAACGUAUCUGUGCCUCCGAGACACGCUCUGAAAUGGUCGAAAGCUCAGAGCAGCACCGCAGAAGUCGCCCAAAUGUGAAGAAGAAUGUCCGCCCGGGAUUUUAUAUAGAAGACUUUCAUUUCAAUAUGCGUGAUACUGUGUGAAGCGUUUUAAAGCAGAGAUUUUCUACUUAUUCCUUUUGACUUUGGUCAGUAUUAAAAUACAAUCAGCAGCAA